AUAUAUACUACUAAAUCCCGACGAUGGAGGGUAGAGCUAUUAAGUAACUUUCGAAAAACGAACUUAUACUCCGAUAGUGUUAAAGCGAUUGUAAACAAGGAAACUUGUACCUUUGGAGGAGGCGGGUUGCAGAGACGACAGCUCCUCGUACACUUAUCCAUCUAAUUUGAACGUCCGUUCGGGUCCCAAGUAACCCAACAGCUUUGAUUUAUAAUUAUACAAGAAACAGUGCUAAGGAUCAGUGCAAAAUGCUACGUCUACCACUAUUUCGUGCAAUAAGUCGAUCCAACGGACGUCUCGCGUCAGCUGUCUGUUUUCACAACUCGGCCGCUAAUCAACAGCAGCCCCAGCAGCAGCCGGAGCUCAUCGAACUUUUCAUCGAUGAUAAGCCCGUACAGGUUCCACCAGGCACCACAGUCCUCAAGGCUGCUGCCAUGGUCGGUGUCGAAAUUCCCAGAUUCUGCUAUCACGAACGUCUGGCCAUCGCCGGCAAUUGCAGAAUGUGUUUGGUUGAAAUUGAAAAACAGGUCAAGCCUGUAGCUGCCUGUGCUAUGCCAGUCAUGAAAGGGUGGAGGGUCAAGACCAACUCUGCCCUCACUAGAAAAGCUCGUGAAGGUGUGAUGGAGUUUCUGCUUGUCAAUCAUCCUCUUGAUUGUCCCAUUUGUGAUCAAGGUGGUGAAUGCGAUUUGCAAGAUCAGAGUAUGGCUUUUGGUAAUGACAGGAGCAGAUUUACUGACAUCAACUUUAGUGGUAAGAGAGCCGUAGAAGAUAAAGAUCUUGGACCUCUAAUCAAGACUGUCAUGACUAGAUGCAUUCACUGCACUAGGUGCAUUCGUUUUGCAUCAGAAGUAGCUGGAGUAGAUGAUCUUGGUACCACUGGAAGAGGUAAUGAAAUGCAAGUUGGUACGUACGUUGAAAAACUAUUCAUGUCUGAGGUCUCUGGAAAUAUUAUUGAUUUGUGUCCUGUUGGUGCACUGACUAGCAAACCUUACGCUUUUGUUGCUAGACCUUGGGAAAAUCAUAGAACUGACAGUAUUGAUGUUCAUGAUGCUGUUGGUAGUAACAUUGUUGUUUCUCAUAGGACAGGAGAAGUACUCAGAAUACUCCCAAGAGUUAAUGAAGACGUCAACGAAGAAUGGCUUGCAGAUAAGGCUCGUUUUUCUUAUGAUGGUCUUAAAAGACAAAGAUUGAUUACUCCAAUGUUGAAGAUUGAUGGAAAAUUGCAGAAUGUCGAAUGGGAAGACGCUUUAGUUGCAGCUGCCAGAGCACUUCAAGAUUUACCACCAAAUAAGUGCGCUGCUAUUGCUGGUUGUAUGGCAGAUGCUGAAGUUCUUGUUGCUGUUAAAGAUUUAGUCAAUACCCUUGACAGUGAACUUCUUACAACGGAACAGGAGUUUCCCAAAUCUGGAGCAGGUGUAGAUCUCAGAAGCAACUAUCUUUUAAAUAAUAAAAUAGCUAAUGUUGAGCAUGCUGAUGUUAUUUUGUUAAUUGGUACAAAUCCAAGAUUUGAAGCACCAUUAGUUAAUACUAGAAUUAGGAAAGGCUAUUUACACCGUGAACAAAAUGUUGCUGUUAUUGGACCUAAACUUGAUUUAACAUAUGAUCAUGAGAAUUUGGGUCAGUCUCCAGACAUCAUUUCACAAAUCAAGUCUGGAUCUCAUCCAUUUUGUGAAGUAUUGAAAAAUGCAAAAAAACCAAUGAUAAUUUUAGGAGCAGAUGUACUAACUCGUAAAGAUGGUGAUAAGAUUCUUGCUGAAACACAAUCUUUAUGCAAGAACAUUGAGAAAACAGUAAAAACUGAUGCAGAUUGGAAAGUUUUCAACAUUCUGCAUACUAAUGCCUCUCAAGUUACUGCUCUGGAUGUUGGAUAUGCUGCUAGCCUAGAAGAAGUCAAGAAAGCUAAACCGAGUGUUUUAUUCCUACUUGGAGCUGAUGAAAAUAUCAAGAAAGAAGAUUUUGGUGAAUCUUGUAUUAUUUACGUUGGAAGUCAUGGUGAUAAUGGUGCACAAAUUGCUGAUAUUGUGUUACCUGGAGCAGCUUAUACUGAAAAAACCGCAACUUACGUAAAUAUGGAAGGCAGAGCUCAAUUAACCAACGCUGCUAUAACACCUCCGGGUAUGGCUCGACCUGAUUGGAAGAUCAUUCGAGCUUUGUCGGAAAUUGCAGGUCACCGUUUACCAUACGAUGAUUUACAUGAACUUAGGGAUAGAAUAGCGGAAAUAGCUCCACAUUUAGUUAAUUACGGCGAAGUUGAACCUUCAAAUUUCUUAAAACAAGUUUAUGAAUUAGCUAAAACAACCCAAGGAUCAUUUUUACCCGACCCAAUUGAUAUCAAGCAAAAAUCAUUAGAUCAGUUCUUCAUGACUAAUGCUAUAUCCAGGGCUUCUCCAACUAUGGCCAAGUGCGUACAAGCUGUUCAGAAGCAAAAGCAGGUCUAGUCUGAGUUAUUUAUUGAUUGUUAUGAUGAUAUUUUGUACAUAAGGUUUAAAGCAGAGCAAUUCAUAAACUGUAAAUAUUGAAAUAAAUAAAACGAUCGUAAUAAUAAAAAA